AUAGUAAAAACUAACUACAAAUCUGCUUGACGCAGUAUCAGUUUAGUUUAGUUUAGUUUCUUUCUCGCUUCCGCGAAACCUCACAAGUGAAGAUGCCUCAAGCAGCUUCUUUGCCCACCUGGGCCGCCCUGGAAGACCACUACAAGACUGUUGGUAAGACCUUCGUCUUGAAAGAAGCUUUCGCCUCCGACUCGGCCCGUUUCAGCAAAUUCAGCAAGACUUUUAAGAACACCCCCUCCGGUACUGAUAUUCUGUUCGACUUCAGCAAAAACCUCGUUACCGAAGAGACGAUCAACCUCCUACUAAAGCUCGCGGAAGAGGCCGGCCUCGAGAAGAAGCGCGAUGCUAUGUUUGCGGGAGAGAAGAUCAACUUCACCGAGCACCGUGCCGUCUAUCACACUGCAUUGCGCAACGUAGGCGGCUGGGAGAUGAAGGUGGAGGGACAGGAUGUCAUGAACACCAAGGGCGGUGUCAACGAAGUUCUGCAGCACAUGAAGGAAUUCUCCGAGCAGGUCCGGAGCGGCGAGUGGAAGGGAUUCACUGGCAAGAAGCUGACUACGAUUAUCAAUAUCGGCAUCGGUGGUUCGGAUCUGGGCCCGGUUAUGGUCACUGAAGCUUUGAAGCACUAUGGCGCAAAGGACACAACUCUACAUUUUGUCUCGAAUAUCGAUGGUACCCACAUGGCCGAGGCCCUUGCUAACUCGGAUCCCGAGACGACUCUCUUCCUUGUCGCUUCCAAGACCUUCACCACGGCAGAGACUACGACGAACGCCAACACUGCCAAAUCGUGGUUCCUUGAGAAGACCGGCGGAAAGGGUGAAAUUGCCAAACAUUUUGUCGCUUUAUCUACAAAUGAGGCCGAGGUAACCAAAUUCGGCAUCGACAGCAAGAACAUGUUCGGCUUCGAGAGCUGGGUCGGCGGUCGAUAUUCGGUAUGGAGCGCCAUCGGCCUCAGCGUUGCUCUGUAUAUCGGCUACGACAACUUCCAUAAGUUCUUGUCUGGCGCGCAUGCGAUGGACAAGCACUUCCGCGAAACCCCCCUUAAAGACAACAUCCCCGUCCUGGGAGGUUUGCUGAGUGUCUGGUACAGCGACUUUUUCGCCGCGCAGACGCAUCUGGUCGCUCCUUUUGACCAAUACCUGCACCGCUUCCCUGCCUACCUCCAACAACUCUCGAUGGAGUCCAACGGCAAGACCAUCACAUCUGACGGCUCACCUGCUAAGUACACGACUGGGCCCAUCCUCUUCGGUGAACCCUGCACCAAUGCUCAGCACUCGUUCUUCCAGCUUGUGCAUCAAGGCACCAAGCUGAUCCCCACCGACUUCAUCCUCGCCGCGAAGUCCCAUAAUCCUAUCUCCGGUAACCUGCACCAGAAGAUGUUGGCAUCCAACUAUUUUGCUCAGGCCGAAGCUCUCAUGAUCGGAAAGACUGCCGAGCAAGUCAAGAGCGAAGGCACCCCUGACGAGCUCAUACCUCACAAGGUGUUCUUAGGCAACCGACCGACAACCAGCAUCUUAGUUGGCGACGUGAUCGGACCUGCCGAGCUAGGCGCUUUGAUCGUCUACUAUGAGCACCUAACAUUCACCGAGGGUGCGAUCUGGGAUAUCAACUCGUUUGACCAGUGGGGUGUCGAACUAGGCAAGGUGCUCGCCAAGAAGAUUCUAAAGGAGUUAGACGAGCCAGGGAAUGGUGAGGGCCACGAUGCUAGCACAGGCAGCCUCAUCGGCGCUUUCAAGAAAUUCGCUAGCAUUUGAAGGUUAGAAACGACUCAGGGGCUCGGAAAACAAUCGAAGCUGUGAGUCGUAACUAAUAGAAAUGUGGCAUGUACUGUGACGUGUUCAGGUAAUUUGCAGAGACGGAGC